AUGCAGGGUCUUCACAAUGUAGCCACCCCAAUUCGUAACGCACGAUCAUUUGACGAGCUUGCCAAAUCUCGCGUGUUCAUCAGGACAGCUCGACCUAGUCCGGUGACCAAAGCAGCUAAACCGCGAGCACAAAAACGUGAGGCGGCAAAACCAAGACAACCGUACACACUGUUGGCGGUCAGCUUGAGUGCAGCUUGUCGAGUAUUCCAUUGGGCUAGUUGA